UGUUUUGCAAUAACCGAGGCCGAGCGAAAUACUGUCUACAGAUUUCAACAGUUUUCGUAAUACAAAAUCAGCGUUACAUCAGAUUCACGUCUCACAGUGCUUUGAGAAAUAAACUGUAGGUAUCGUGGAAUACUGUGAUGUUAGAGAUCUGUUGCAGGUUGGAGAAUUUUAUUGCCAUUGAUUUGCAAAGAGAGGAAUACAAUUUUCAGAUCCAAAUUUUCACUUAGUAACCGCGCCAGCUGAUUGUUGACAGCUGAUCGGUUCGAGCGAGCACGUUGCGUUGUGUGUACGUUUUCACGAGGCGAGCUAGGCGCGGCGCGGUCGAGUCGUCAGGUCAACUUUUACACUGCGCAAUAGAUGUUCUAACAUCCAAAAGAUGACGACGUUAUCACACUUUCAGGGCGAUAUUAAUUCCACCAUGGAUUUGAGUAUGGAUGCCACUACAGCAGCAGAAUGUCUCCUUGCAAUAGCGGCAUCAAAACCGAAUUGUAAACCACCCGAAUUUAUGGAAACCUGUAAGGAUGGUGGAGUAUUUUCACCAGACGGAGUCAGCACAGGCAAUCACCACAUGUCGGAGCUCGAGCAGUCCGGCCUCCAUGCGCACAGCCACAGCUCUUUGUUCAUGGUGGCUAGAAUUUUGGCCGAUCUUGAGAAAUACAGACCACGACAUGAAAUUCCAUCACCAACCAGUGACUGUCCAAGUCCCCCACCUAUCAUUAAUGGACCUUACGAUGGACUUAGCAAUGCCCUUGCGUCAAAUUAUGACGCUUUUGCACCAAGUCCACAACGUGGUGAUUACACGAAUCUCACACAAGGGAAACAAAGGAACAGACGAUCAAAGCAGUCCCAAAGUCUCAUUUCUGUCAAGAAACACCACUGUCACUACCAUGAAUGCGACAAAGUCUAUGGGAAAUCAUCACAUCUUAAAGCUCAUCUCAGAACACACACAGGAGAGCGACCAUUCCCGUGUAACUGGCAGGACUGUAACAAGCGUUUUGCGCGGUCUGACGAGCUUGCCCGACACUACCGAACCCACACCGGUGAGAAGAGAUUCGCAUGUCCACUCUGUGAGAAGAGGUUUAUGAGGAGCGACCACUUGAUGAAGCACGCCCGAAGACAUGCAGAGUUCCACCCUAGCAUGAUCAAGAGACCAGGCAGCGCCGCCAGUUCCUUGGCCAGCGAGGGGAGCCAUUCUCCUUGCUCUAGUCCUGCACAUUCGCCGUGAACUUGAACCACCCUCUCGUCGGUCAAAUACACUAUCAUCAUCAUCAUACGCACUUUCAGGUUCUUGGUAAGGCGUACUGGAGACAGCCAUGGGGUGGUUUCCUGCUGAAACAACAGCUUUCAGAUGGAGAUCUUAUUUAAGAAGUCUUUGGACAAGGCUUUCAUCAGGGUACGUAGUCAUUGAGUGACCAAAGUCUUAUCACCCCGUCCUAGAGGACUAUUUGUUCAAACUGAACUAGACGAAAGUUAACGUCGUCAUAACCGCAACAUGCCAGUGUGAUACUACUCUUUUGUGCAGUUAGUAUAUAUGGUUUGAUGAGUAAUCAAUGGAAUAAAGUGUGGUCUAUUUAUCAAUAAUAUUUGAUGCACUGUAUUGACAUGUAUUUACUCCUCUUUUGUAUUCUUAUUUAUGCUAGUUGAAUUGAUACACUAUAUGAAACUAAUAUUUGAUAUCAACUUGUUCAACUCAAGUUCAAAUACUGGAAACGGUCGUUUAAUUUGACUUUUGUACAUUCUAGCUUGAAUACUUGGCACAAACAUAUUUGCAAAUAGUUUUAAGUUCAUUUUGGGACACAAGAGCGAGACCUGCUGGAUGUGGUGUAACGUGUUAUGAUAAUUAGCAGUAUUGUGGUGCUAUUAUAUGCAAAGACAUGACUUGUUUUGUUGUGGAUUAUUUACGAUGGUUAAAAAGUGAGUCGGUGACAACAAAGUACACAAAGUGAUAACUUAGAGGGCGUUGCAGGGAUUUUGCACGGUGAAGAUCUCAAAACUUGUUUUUAAAAAAGGGCCAAAAUGUUGUUAAAAAUCAUAAUUGAAUACUUGUAAAUGGUGGCAAAAUAUUCAUUAUUCGCAAAAUUACAGUCGCUUUUCUUUUCGAAUUUGAAUUUUGCAACUGGCAGUGUUUUAUCACCCAUCUUUUGAUCGGAAAUUCUGCACAUACUUUCUUAAAAGUCAUCUUGCUACAUAUAAACUUCGAGAUUAGCUUUUUGACUUUUUGAGGGCUCGCAUAUCGCCGGUAGUGGUUUUAAGAAGAUGAAGAUGUAUUCAGUGUUUGUUUUUCCUCAAUAAUGAGUAAUUUCACAGUUUCCUUUUUCAUAACAAUAUACCAAAAACAAUCAUAAGUAAAGAAGUAGGUGUACAUGUAUGAAAUCUUUCUUUACCAUUGUUUACACAGUGAUAUGGUCAAAAGUAGCCGCCACCAUUUUUUAUGUCAUCCAUCAAUAGAUUUUUAUGCAAAUUUUUGAAGAAAUUCGUUAUCGUAAAAUGUAAAUAUAUGUAGAGCUUGGAUAGAGAAAUAUAUAAUCACAAAAUCAUAGUACUGAAUAGUUUUGAAAUGUGUUUACUCGCAUAUUAUAACUUUAUUCUUGAUUGUUAGUAAAUUUCUUUGUAGAGAUGUCUAUAUUGCUCGUAGUGCCUAAGGUGACCGUGACUGGACGAAACAAAGUCAGAAAAUACUUUUUAUAUUUAUAGAACUAGAAAAGACAGUUGCUAAAUAUUGACAACGUUGCUUUUAUUAUACUUCGCGCGUCAGACAAACAUUGCUUGUUUUCCAAGUUUAGUAUUUUUCUUUCUUCUCCGUGAAAAUCUUUCCAACAUAGUUUGUUUCUUCCUUUUUUGCUAUAUAUACAAUCUUACGUGAUAACUAUAUAUUUGAAUGCUCACCGUUUUUUUGUUGUAUUUUCGACUUGUAAAACAAUACAUUUGAAGGGUAGUGUGGUGGGUGUAUUUAUCUAUUUAAAUGUCGUUGAGUUGCCAAGACGUUGUUAUAGUCAUAUUUAUUGUUAUUCAUCAAUCAGUAUUUAGCCAUUUGAUGGAAGAUGUAGAUGACGAUCGAUCGCUGGAAAAUAGGAUGGAGAUUUCUGGGAGGGACAUGUCGUGCUUUUUCUUUUUCAAUCUUCAAUCAAACAACGAUUUACAAGAUUUAAAAAUUUAUUGGACCGUAUACCGGUUAAACACAAACGAUAUCUUUUCCAUAUCGUUGAUAUGAAUUAUUGAGGCUGAAAUCCUAUUAUGAGGAAGACGUUUAUAACUUUCUGAAAAGAUGAAUUAGAAAGAUAAAUUAAUUUUAACAUUUCAUCAUAAAUUUAACAGCACAUUUAUUUUUGAUAUACUUAUACUUGAAAUUCAUGAUAUGACAAAACGUCUAAAGAAAGGCUAUGAACUUAAGAAAUCUUAUUUUCCAUCGACUUUUUGUGCAAGUGAGAUAAUCAUUAAUCGCUCUAUGUUAGUCGAUUUUGAAUUGUUACAUGUGAUAUAUAUUUAUUUUUUCAGUCGUUUCUUGCUGUGACAUGUACCAUUUAACCGUUUGUUUGUUUGUUUGUUUGUUCGUUUGCUUUUAAUAUCCUAGACAAAUUCGCUGAGCGAGUUUGGGUUAGGAGAAGGCAUAUUUGUGUGUUGCAGUAAAGUAGAGGAAAUUGAGAUCAUGGGCGUCUUUUUCGUUUGUGUUCCUUAAGAAAAAGGAUAUUGAUAGGUGCCAAAGGGUAUUGGAGACGGAGUGGAUAUGCAAAGAGUUUGCCAAUAAUUGGCUCUGUAAGAAAAUGUAUGCAUAAAUUGCUAUGAAAUUGGGCUGUAUUGUGCCGUGAAAUUACGCAAGAUGUCAAGUACACGUUUACAACAUGUUCACAUUUCACAAGCAUUAAUAAAGGAAAGUUGAUUGCUUUAUUCGGAGUUGAAAUAUGAUUGUUAAAAAGAGGUUGAUCGAGUGACGAGGUACAGGACUGGGGUGAUUAUUGCCUAUAGAGGGCAGCAUUUGACCAAAUACUGUAUAUCCUCGUGUCCAAACUUCGUAAGAUUAUAGAACUAUUCAACGGCUUAAAAAUGUGUUUGAGAAGUAGUUGAGAGGCCAGAAUAAUUUCUUUUUAUUGGCAUGCAUUAUGUCUACAAUGUACAUUGUAAAUGUUUAAUUUGCAUGAAUUCCGGAAAUGUGUUUCUCAAAAACCUCACUCAGUAGAUGAAUUUCAGUUAAGAAAGAUUUAUGGGCAAAUCAGAACAGUACUUGGUUAUCAAAGAGAUAUAUUAUUUUUAAAGAUACAUGUUUAUUUCUCCUCAUCAGUGUAGUGUGUCUUAUGUGGAUAGACAUGAAUUAUAUCAAUAAAUUGUUAUCCUAGGUUGGCUGGGAAUCAACUUAUUCUCAUUUUUACGCAAUUUCUGUCAGGUUACAAAUAUCUGUCUGGUAUUUUGCUUUCUACUUAAAAGAAAGGGCAUAUAAGUAACCAGUGGUAUGGUAGAGAAAUUUACGUGAUUUUAAUUUGAACAUUUCAAAUACUGUCCUUCUCUUUGCCGUGCCACACGGUUUACUAUUUUAGUUGAUAAAAUAAUUAUUCUCUGGUUAGAAUAGUCAGAUGGGUGUAUGAGAAACGAACUUAUAUGCAACACCGUUACUAUUACAAUAAUAAUCACAUGAUUAACCUUGUGAAAAAAAGAAUACCUCAGAAAAAUUUAUAAAUGCAGAAGAUUUCUAUAAAAAGAGACCUCAUACAUACUCUCAAUGGCUGGGAUUGUAAUUCUAUGCGUUGUUUGAAUCUUUAAUUAGAAGUGAUUUUUAUAAUCAAUGAUUAGCAGGUAUAUGGAUGGCAAAGAACGCAGAUUGUUCUAUGUAAGUUGAGGAGUGUUAUUAUGCUGCACUAAGAGGGAGUUGAAUGAAGAUAAUAAACUUUGAAAAGUCGGUUUUACAUUUCAUAAAAACACAA